AUGCCUGGGUUAUUCUCGGAUGGUGAAUUGGAGCCAGAAUCGUCCCUUCCGUCGCUGCACUCAGCGAUUGAUGGGGAAGAUGUGGACGAAGUACGCAAGCUGGCUGCGACUGCAGAGCCUGCUGAUCUGGCUACAGCUCUAUGUCGAGCUUGCCAACGUGGUAAAUUAGGAGCUGUUCAGGCUCUCAUCGAAACCGGGCAAUGUGAUGUUAACGCCCCUGUGGAUGGAGAUACGCCUAUUUUCCUGGCUGCUGCACAUGUUGAACUGGAAAUAGUGAAAUUCUUGCUCCAGCAUGGGGCCGAUGUCUCGAUUAGAUCCAAGAAUAGGCAAAUCGAGCCGACGUUGACACCACUCCACGGAGUGGUAGACAGGCUGCGGCACUAUCAGGAAUUAGAAGAUCUGCCACGCUAUGAAGAGCUGAUGCAGUUACUGCUCGAUGCCGGGUGUGACAUCAACGCACAAGAUGCCCACGGACAUACUGCGCUGCUGCUCUCGGCACACCUGGAGGUGCCGCUCAUUCCGUUCCUCUUACAACAUGGAGCAGACCCAAAUAUCGCUGAGAAUGGGGGGAGCACGUCUUUACAUCUCCUCCAUCGCCCUCUGGGCCACCCCGGGUGGUUCGAGAGCCUUAUUGCACAUGGAGCCCGCUUAGACAUCGUUCGCCAUCAUGAUGGUCAUACCCCCCUACAUGCUUUCGCGGCUAACUGGCAGCUGGGCGAUCUCUCUCUGUUUCGACCCUUUGUAUCAGACUGGUCAAUUACCGAUGGAAAAGGCAACACACUUCUUCACAUCGCCGUCGCAAAGCAUCAAGCUGGGAGCAAAACCGUUACUGAACUUCUGAAGCUCGGUCUUGACCCGAACCAGCGCAACAAUGAAGGACAACAACCAAUUCACAUGGUGAAGGAGUGUCACCGGGAGGUGCUGGAGGAGAUAUUGGACAUUCUCUGCGCAGCCGGGGCGGAUCUUGAAGCUAGAGACUACCGCGGGUGCACACUUCUCAUUCACACUGCACGCAACCUGUAUGGGGAUUUUCGCGGGAUUCUUCCCUCCCUCAUCAGCCGGGGAGCCAAUGUCAAUGCACAGGACUACAAAGGCAACGGACUACUUUCCCAUCUGAUCGAGCCUUACCAUUUCCAUUCCGAACACUUGGACUUUCUACUCUCCCUUGGAGGAGAUCCGAAGUUGGCCAAUUACAACGGGGAUACCUUGUUGCAUCAACUUGCAGCCAAUUUCGCUACCAUUGACCAAGACACGGCUCUUUUAGCCAUGAUAAAACUUAUCAAAAUGGGCGUUUCCCCAACCGUUCCCAAUUUCGAAGGUCGGACGCCUCUGCACCUGCUGUGUAGACAGUCCUCGGAUCAUUUGUUUGCGGCAUCCGGAGAGGGCGGAAAAUGUGCGAUUGAUCUACUUUUAGAUGAGGGCCUUCAUGCCACCUUGAACACGGGCGAUCACCAGGGAAUUCGACCCAUCCACCUUGCCGCCUCGGUUUCUGAGCUCUUGGUUGGUAAACUAAUAUCCCGUGGGGCUGAUGUCACUGUCUGCACAAAGGAUGGACGCAACCUGCUGCAUAUUGCAUCAACCGCGCGCCAAAGCAACACUGUCGGUCUCUUAUUAGACCACUGCGACUCCCAGAAGCUGAGCUCGAUGGUCAAUGCAUGCUCCUCUGAUGGGAGAACGCCCUUGCAUGUGGCUUGUCGCUCUGGAAGGCUGGAGACAGUCAAUCUCCUCCUCGCACACGGGGCAGACGUAAAGAUUGAAGACAAAGUUAAGCGAACUCCUAUAGAUGCAUGCUCUGAAUCUAUGGUGGAAGAUCAGCUCUGGCAAGGGGCUGACGACCAAGAGAAUAUGAUGAAUACAUACUCUGCGGGGGGAAUUUUGGCAGAUGACAACAGCCGGCCCAUACAGCCCACAUCCCACAACAAAAGGACGCGUGAGAAUGCCAGACGUCUAGGGUGGAAAGGAGAAGUCACGUCCGAAAGUGCAACGGUGGGAAUUGGACAGAUCGUUCGAGCAAUGGCAUCUCAUGGGGCUCUCUCAUAUGAUAGAGGCUUUGCUAGCGGCCCUAUGUACCACGCAGUUGCUGAGGACAACGAGGAAAUGGCCGUGGAAUUGGACAGAGUAUCACGAGAAAUGGGCAUUAAACUCGAGAAGUUCAGCUCACUUUGCACCGAGCGUUGCUUGCUGCGCUCUCAGCAUCUCCCAGUCCUACUUCGGGAACGAUUGGAAGAGUACGUUUCUGAGACUGAUGUGCUUCAGAUGGUCCUGCUCGGUCAUCACGAGGAUCUAAAACAAGUUUUGGCAACGAACGCUGGUAUUGUUGAGGGAAAAUCUUCCAUGUCAGCCAUCAUGACAACCUUUGCAAGAUGGGGUUUCUCGGAGCUUUUUGCCUGGACCGGCAGUGCAAUUCCUGGCGACUGGAUCAAUGAGAGCGAUACCAACUUUCAGGGCCAAAAAGUAACUCCGUAUCUUCUGACAGCCGGCCAACGUGACCUUCCCAACCUGGAUGUCAUCAAGGUCAUGGUCGAAAGGUUCAACGCCGAUGUUAACAUCAGGUAUGAAGAGGGUAUGGUCGAUAAACCUCGGGUCUACUACCAAUCAAAGAUGUCUUUGAGUCGGCAUUACAAGGCGGGCGAUACAAUUCUCCAUCGACUUGCGCAAGGCACACAUUGGUGGUAUGAACCAGCCAUUCGGUACCUGUUGCAGCAUGGGGCAGACCCCGACGCGCGAAACUGCCAAGGAAAGACGCCUCUGUGCAAUGCAGUUUCACGAGGGGAGCUGGGCGGCCACCGCCAGCUCGCAAUCACUCGGAUUUUGCUAGAGGGCGGCGCCGAUCCCAACAUCACUGCAACAUGCGGUUUUACCCCGCUGGCCAUGUCAACGCAUGAUACGCAAUUGUUCCAAUUACUGAUUGAACAUGGAGCAUAUCCCUCGCAGGAUCACCCCAUGGAACUAUUCAAUGCGCUCUCUAGUUGGAAUGUCGACGUGGUCUCAGCUCUCCUGGACAUGGACCUGGACUGCAACACGACGGUUCUAUCCGAUGCGCAGGAACAUUGGCACACUUCCCGUGUCCAAAAGAUUGCGGUAGACCCCACUGCUGUCCUGCGUCCUCUUCAUUUCAUCUCGAUGCUACCAUUCAACGAAUGCAACAGUCGCGACCACGCCUGUAAAAUGAUUCGGUUUUUGUUGGAACGUGGGGCCGACCCGUUCUUGCCUUGCCAUAAGAACCAAACCAUCCUCCACGAAAUCUUUGCUAGCGGGGGAAUCAUUCAGCCCUGGCUGGAUAUGCCCGACCUGGACCUCGAACGACGCGAUCCUAGCGGGAGAACCCUGCUGUUGGCAGCCGCGAGCUGUGCAAUCGGAACUAAGUCUUAUGCCUGUACGGUCACUUUAUACUCAAACCGAGGUGGAAAUAUCAGACCGGCGUCCUGGAAGGAAGGCGAUUGUACACGUGCUAUGGCCUUAUAUGAACGUGGGGCGGAUUUGAAGGCAGUUGAUCACGAAAAGAACAACGUUUUGCACCACCUGGCAGACCUUAACCGUACCAAUGAUCCCUUUGCGUCGGCUGAAGUUCGGCGGACACUGUCGCUGUUCGCGGAAAAAGCCCCGGGGUUGGUACACCAGAUCAACGUUCAUGGACAGACGCCGUGGUCGAUAGCGGCAGAGAAAAAUUCCGUGGAGUCUAUGGAGAUCUUGAAGACAGAGAAUGUGAGCGCAGAAUAA